GUUUUGCAUUUGAGUCUAAUUUUGUGUUUUCAAAACAUAAACUAUUUAUUUAUUUUUGUUAAUACUUUUGGUUGUGUUUUGUUUUGUCUGAACAUUAAAUCCGAUCACUAAUUAUGAUAUGAUAUACGAUGUGAUCGUCGGCUCCAACUCUUCGCGUCUCUCCUCCUCUCGUCAGCCAAACCGCAGACACCUCUUCGUCGCCCCAAACGGCGCCUCCGAUGACCACAACUCGUGUCCGCCACUCGUUGUUGACAUUGAAUCGCAUCCAAAGACGUCUUCGUCCAGACAUUAGACAAACAAUCGGUGCCAACACAGGAAGUGGUGGUCGACCGACACUUUGCCGACCAAUUGGUGCCCAAAGUAUUGGCCGCUCAAUACACAGCUCAAGACAGGUGUCGGGCGUUGUGUUGAAGUGAGUGGUUGUCACCGAUGAACGACCUGAUCGGCGGCGAAGAGCUCAUUGGCGGCGACUGCGAGCGCAAGCAGUCGUCGGCGGCCGCGACGGCCGUUAACCACAAGUUCACACUUCAGGAGAGGAUUGAGUUGAUUAAGAUCUUCUACAGCGGCAAGAGUUUGAAACAGACGGCGCGUGUGUUCGCCGAACGCCAUCCCGAUUGCGAUCAUUUGCCCACUUCUUCGGGUAUCACACGACUGGUCAGGAAGUUUGAGACCACAGGUUCAGUGCUGGACAAGCGAAUCCCCGGCCGUCCGAAGACCAGUCGCGUCCAAUUGACGACCAAACAGUCGGAGCUGAGCGCAUGUGAAUACCCCGGCUGUCAGUACGUGAGUAACAAGAAGUGUAUGGCUCGACACAAGUUGGUCCACAAGACUGAGCGUAACUUUGUGUGCGAUUGGCCCGACUGUGACAAGCGAUUCAAGUCCAGCCUGAGUCUGAAGAAUCACCUGCGGAUCCAUUACGACGACAAGCGGUACGCGUGUAAUUGGCCCGGAUGUCAGUACCGGUGCGUCGAUUCCGGUAAUAUUCGCAAACACAAGAAGAUUCACGAGAAGCAGUUCCGCGGUCUCCUCAAGACAUCCGACUUUCAGAAUAAAACUGAUCUGAAGAUGAAAUCCGACGGCAGUUCCGAAGAGAAAGAGGACAAUAGUAUCGACUUUUGA